AUGAAGCUUCCUCUCCUGUCAAUAUUGGCCAACCUGGUCGCCAUCCGCUGCCUGGCAGUCCCGGAGCCCAGACAAGCUUCGGCUUUUCCGUCGGCGAGUGGGACAAAGUUCACCAUCGACGGCCAGGCCGGGUACUUCGCCGGCAGCAACUCGUACUGGAUCUCGUUCCUGACCAACGACGCCGACGUCGACCUCGUCAUGGACAACGUCGCAAAGUCCGGGCUCAAGAUCUUCCGCGUAUGGGGCUUCAACGACGUCAACGCCAUCCCCGACGGGAACCAGGUCUGGUACCAGCACCUCUCGUCCACCGGGUCCCGGAUCAACACGGGCGCCAACGGGCUCCAGCGCCUCGAUGCCGUCGUCGCCGCCGCCGAGAGGAAGGGUGUCAAGCUGGUCAUCCCCUUCGUCAACCACUGGGACGACUACGGUGGCAUGAACGCCUACGUCAAGGCCUUUGGCGGCUCCAAAGAGUCGUGGUACACCAACGCCCAGGCCCAGAGCCAGUACCAGGCCUUCAUCCGGGCGGUCGUGGGCCGGUACAAGGACUCGGCCGCCAUCUUCGCGUGGGAGCUGGCCAACGAGCCCCGCUGCAAGGGCUGCGACACGGACGUGAUCUUCAAGUGGGCGGAAUCGAGCUCCAAGUUUGUCAAGUCGCUCGAUGCGAAUCACAUGGUCACCCUGGGCGACGAGGGGAUGGGCCUCCCCGGCGACGGGAGCUACCCAUACCAGUACGGCGAAGGGACGGACUUUGUGAAGAAUCUCGGCAUUGAGACGCUCGACUUUGGCACUUUCCACAUGUACCCGGAUCACUGGAACGUCGAUCUCAAGACCUGGGCCCCCGGCUGGAUCAAAUCGCACGGCGAGGCAUGCGCCAAGGCAGGCAAGCCCUGUCUCUUUGAAGAGUACGGUUCUCUGACGGACCACUGCGCUGUCGAGAAAGCAUGGCAGGAAGUUUCUCGCACCGCGCCUGGGCUGGGGGCUGAUUUGUUCUGGCAAUGGGGCGAUCGGCUGAGUUCCGGCCAGACGCACAAUGACGGGUUCACAAUCUACCACGACAGCAGCGACUACCAGUGCCUGGUUGUAGAUCAUGUGAAGGCGAUCACUGGCUGA